AUGUUCCAGCAGUUCUGCGCCUCCUGUCUUUUCCCACUGUUCCUGGCUGGCUUAGCUCAGGAGACCCUGAAGCCACAAAAGAUGAAGGUGGACUGCAACGCAGGAGUGACUGGCACCAUCUACGAGUACGGCGCCCUCACCCUGAGCAGCGAGGAGUACAUCCAGUUCAAGCAGUAUGCCGGCAAGCACGUCCUCUUCGUCAACGUGGCCACCUACUGAGGCCUGACGGCCCAGUAUCCUGAACUGAAUGCACUACAGGAGGAGCUGAGGCCUUUUGGUGUGGUAGUGUUGGGUUUCCCUUGUAACCAGUUUGGAAAACAAGAACCAGGAAAGAACUCAGAGAUCCUCUCUGGGCUCAAAUAUGUACGUCCAGGUGGCGGCUUUGUCCCCAAUUUCCAGCUCUUUGAGAAAGGGGAUGUGAAUGGAGACAAAGAACAGAAAGUCUUCACCUUCCUAAAGAACGCCUGCCCUCCGACCUCUGAACUUGUGGGCUCUCCAAAACAACUGUUCUGGGAGCCCAUCAAGACUCACGACAUCCGCUGGAACUUCGAGAAGUUCCUGGUGGGGCCCGAUGGGGUCCCCGUCAUGCGCUGGUUCCACCAGACUCCCGUGAGCACCGUCAAGGCCGACAUCCUGGAGUACCUACAGCAGUCCCGAGCCCAGUAG